AUGGCGACUCCUACCGAAACCGAGAUUGCGCUGGAGAAGGCUGCCGCCCAUCAUGUCGAGGAUACACUCGGCCAGGGAGCGAUUAUUGAAGCCAAGCAGGCUACCGAUGAGGAACACGCCCAAACGCUGUGGCAGGCUCUCAGCCAGAACCGUAAGGCCGUCGGGUGGUCUGUCAUGAUCUCUAUGUCGAUCAUCAUGGAAGGCUACGACACGAUCCUCAUGGGAAACUUCUUUGCGUAUCCCAUGUUUACAAAGAAGUAUGGCCAGUACUACGACGAGAAAUCUGGGUACCAGGUGUCUGCCCCGUGGCAGUCAGGUUUGAACAUGGCAAGUACUGUCGGUGCUAUUUUCGGUGGAAUUAUGAAUGGAUAUUUUGCGUCUAAAUUUGGAUAUCGCUCGGUCAUGGUAGUUUCCUUAGGUUUUCUGACAGCGUUUAUCUUCAUCACCUUCUUUGCAAACUCGGCGGCUGUCCUUCUCGUUGGUCAGAUCCUGUGUGGGCUCUCAUGGGGAGUGUUCGCGACAGUUGGCCCUGCCUACGCCUCCGAAGUCUGUCCGACCAACCUACGCGGUUACCUGACCGUGUAUGUCAAUAUGUGCUGGGCUAUCGGCCAGAUGAUUGCCUCGGGAGUGCUGUAUGGCCUUGUCAACCGACAAGACCAGUGGUCGUAUCGGAUUCCGUUUGCCUUGCAAUGGAUAUGGCCUGUUCCCUUGAUGCUUGUUUGCUGGCUAGCUCCAGAGAGCCCUUGGUACUAUGUCCGGAAAGACCGCCUGGAAGACGCCAAACGCAGUCUCCGGCGCCUAGCUGGGGGGAAGACGGAGGAACAAAUCAACGGCCAGCUGGCCAUGAUGGUGCACACUACAAAGAUCGAGUCCGAAAUCGAGGCAGGCACCAGUUACUUCGACUGCUUCAAAGGCGUGGAUCUUCGCCGGACGGAGAUCUGCUGUGUCACUUUUCUUGGACAGAUUCUCUCAGGCAGCUCGUUCGCCUACACCCCGACCUAUUUCUUCGAGCAAGCUGGCAUGGAUACCAGCCGAGCGUUCCAGCUAGGCGUCGGAUGCACGGCCGUGAGCUUGGCUGGGACUGCCCUCUCCUGGCUUCUGAUUUCUAACUUCGGACGUCGCACAUUGUACGUCUGGGGCCAGGGGUCCCUGUUCGUGCUUUUGUUUCUAGUCGGUAUUAUCAGUGCGGCAUCGCGAAGCCCCGGAGCCAUGUGGGCUCAGGCAGCACUGUGCAUGUGCUGGCUGCUCGUUUACUCGUUGACUGUUGGUCCAAUUGCUUAUGCCAUUGUCUCAGAGGUUUCUUCUGUCCGCCUGCGGCCGCUGACAAUCUGCCUGGCGCGCACAGCCUAUCAAUUAGUCAACGUGAUAUCGCAGGUGCUUGAGCCCUACUUCAUGAAUCCCACGGCAUGGAAUGAGGCCGGGAAGACGGGCUUUUUCUGGGGCGCGACGGCGCUCUGUGCUUUCGUGUGGGCUUUCUUCCGCCUACCAGAGCCCAGGGGCCGCACGUACGCGGAACUGGAUGUCUUGUUUGCCACCAAAGUUCCAGCGCGCAAGUUCGCCUCAACCCCGAUCGAUGUGUAUGCUGUCGGGCAAUCUAGGUCACAAGAAGGGUUAGUCCGCGAGGAGGCAGUGCAGGAAGUCAAGUAG